GUAACCAGUAUUUCUCAGCCUGCUGGAUCAACAUGGACAUGAGCACACUCGCUCUCGAAGGAGCUCCAGCCGGUCCUAUGCAUUCUCCCCGCGUAACUACGCUAGCGAACUGGUUUCGUCGGAGUCACGCUUUACUCGGCUUGUGCGGCAAUGAGCGCGAAUUGAAUGCGCCGCCAGACCGCUUGACCCCAUGGUGGUAUCACGACUCGGCGCAGAGUUUCUCGUCCUUGUUCCUGUGGCAGGGACUCCUAAACGACCCCCGGCAGGCGCGACGUGCUUCUUCUGGACGUGGAUCUGCCUAUGGAUACGGAAACGAGAGCCAAGGACACAUGGAAAGUGCGGUGACAGCCAAAUUUGGCAUGGUCUAUGUGCUCUGUACGGCCUUCGAGGAUCUUUUCAACGAUACAGAAGGAUCAAAACUCUUUGCGGAUGAAACUACAGGGGCCACGCCUCCAACAUCGCCAAGAUCCUCGAAACAGCAGACCUUGAGGACUGAUAGGUUUCGUUCGGUAGUUCCGCAAUCGUGUGAGUAUUUGAAAGGAAUAGAUGCCGUUGAAGCCUUCGAAGUGGCGAGGCAAAUGGUUCCUAAGCCAGAGGAUGACGCAUUGCGCUUCACACCGGCUGAGAGACAGCUGUGGCGACUUGUUGGGUCACUUCUUGCAGCUCAUGGCAACGACGCUGCAGGUGCUAGCAAAGAGACGAAAAGUACGAGUGAUAAAAAAGAAGAAAAGAACAGUAUUAAGUUUGAUCGGAAAUACACCCAAGGUCUGCAAGAGCGACUGUCGAAGUUGAAGCCGAUCUAUGAGCGUUUCCGUGGCGCAUAUUUGCGUAUUCGUGACUACCGCAGAACGGUGUUGACAAAGCUAGCGAGUGUGCCCAAAAGCAGUCCUUUUUGGGAAUUCACUACCGUGCUAGCUGCCAGCAAAGAUGAGCGCAUCUGGAAGAGUAUUUCGGGACACGGAAGUUGCUUGCUCCCAUGCACAGAAGACGAUCGCAGCCUUUUUCAGCCGCAGGAUGUAUUUGAGCUCACAUCGGACGUCGCUUUAUUGGUUUCUGCACGGGCGGCCAUGGCAAAAGCAGUGGUUCCAGUGUUCGGGGGCAAUGUGGCAGCAGGAGUAGCGGGAUCACAAUAUAAUGGCAACAGCCGCAAAAGUCCUCUUGGGAGUGUUGAUUUGGAAGGCUUAUUUUAUUUUGGAGACGACGAAGGCACGUUCGACAUGAGGCAGAUGAUGGCCGAGCUGCAAACGCUACUCAAAGAAGCCGUCGGGACCGAUCCGUCAACUGCGAAAAAUAAGAGUGCGACAAGUAGCACAUCAUCGACUGCAAAGAACACCGCAUCUACGUCAUCGUCAACGGCCGGAAAUAACCCGAACACGAAUCGAAACAAGAAGAAAAACAAAUACAAGUCUAGCACUCCUGGUGCUAGCGAGUCAUCGGGCAAAAACGAGACAUCAAGGCAAACCACCCCUCGGUCACAGGCGGGGCCAGCCCCGACGAAUCCCAACGCAGCACCAAGCACUGGACAGGCAGAGCAACAAUUCUCGGAAGAAGAACAAGCUGACAUCCAAAAAGUACUUGAACUGACAAUGCGAGAACCUGGAAUCUCUGUGCGGGAGAUGGGCCAGAUUCUAGGUUUUACAGCGAAAAGGCUCAAGCAAGCGCGCAAAAAUGCUGGAUUAGUGUGAAACAAGAGUACGGUACGUGAUCUACACAUCAAUACGAUGAUUAAAAGAUAGUAUGAUGGAUGGAUGCAGUAGAUUUUCAUGCUAAUGUGCAAACGGUCCCUCCUACAUUGAAGAAUAUUUGAAUCCAUCGUGAUGGGUGAGUUGUUUUGAACUCUGGUUAACGCCUCCCCCCUUAUCACACGUUAAGAAAAACCUGAG